AUGCCGCCGAUCCUCCACCUCAUGCGCCACGGCCAGGGCUACCACUCCGCCGAAGUCACCAAAGACGGCCAUCUCCUGCACGACCCUGAACUGACCCCCAAGGGCGUCGAGCAGUGCAAAGCCCGCUGUGCAGCCUUCGACCGGCACGAUCACAUCGACCUCCUCCUGGCCUCACCCCUCCGCCGCGCAAUCCAAACCACAACGCACGCCUUCUCGCCCUCCAUCGCCCGCCGCGGCCUGCGCAUCAUCGCGCUGCCCGCCGCGGAGGAGGUCUCGUCGGACCCCAGCGACACGGGCUCCAGCGCGUCGGCGCUCCGCUCGCAAUUCGGCGACGAGCUUGUAGAUUACUCCUACUUGUCUAGCACCGCGGGCGGCGACGACGGCUGGUUCGAGCACGUGGGCGACUUCUCCAGCGAGGCCCAGGCCGUCCACGCGCGGGCCGAGGCGCUGAGACGCUGGAUCCGCGACAGGCCCGAGACCGAGGUCGUGCUCGUCAGCCAUGGCUAUUUCGCCCAUUACCUCACCCAUGAGGUCGACGCCCAGGGCAAGCAGACCACGGCUUGGUGGGGCGAGGCCGAGCUGAGGACUUAUCGGUUUGAAGAGGAUGCUUCUUCCGGGGAGGGGAGGGGGCGGGCGGUGCUGGUCGAGACGGAGGAGUCGAAGAAACGCAGAGGUGGU